AUGACCGACCCAUUGAAGACUUUCGACUCAUCGGGUCGUCCCAAGCCGGUUGCCGUGUCUCAGAAGGUCUACGCUAUUGCCGGAAUUUCAGUGACUGUCUUCGGACUCGAGCAGCUUCAGCCCCAGGCGACAGACGUCGCAUGUCUGUGGCUACUCCAUCCUCGACUGGCGACGCAGGAACGCAUGACCGGCAUUGCUUCGUCCGCUAUCAACGACUGGAACGGCAGAAACCAGAGCAACCCAUCUGCCAAGGGUUUGAUUGCUGUCUCUUUUGACCAGCGGAACCAUGGCACCAGAAUGGUCGACCCGCUGGCUAACGAGGCGUGGAGGCAGGGAAAUCCUCGCCAUGCUCAGGACAUGUUCUCUAUCUUCCAGGGUACUGCACGGGACACAUCGCUGUUGAUGGAUUAUCUAGCCUCAUUCGUCUUCCCAAAUGAUGAGCAUAAGAUCUCGGAGAACCUCGUUCUGGGUGUUUCCCUGGGCGGUCAUGCUGCAUGGAGCUGUCUGCUGCACGAGCCUCGCAUCAGCGCCGGUGUCGUCAUCAUUGGAUGCCCGGAUUAUCUUAAUCUCAUGGUAGACCGUGCUCGGCUGUCAAAGUUGCCAUCGUGGACGAAGAGCAACCCGCCUGGGUCCGAAAUCCUAGGUUCGGAGGCCUUUCCAGCUUCUUUUGUGGAUAUUGUGAAGCAGUACGAUCCGGCUAGCCUCUUCCUCAGUCAUGUUGAUACUGGCUCGUCCCGUCCAAUGCGUGCAGACACGUUGCCCGACCCAACGCCCAAGGAACAGCAGGAGCUCCGGCCACUUUUGACCCGGUGCCUGGCGGGCAAGCGAAUUCUGAAUUUGUCUGGUGGAGUGGACAAACUUGUGCCGUAUCACCGGGGUGAGGCUUUCCUGGCCUGGUUCAAGAAGGCCAUCUCGUCCAAUGGCUGGUUUGGUGAUGGUGCGGUUACAUUUGAGGAUAUCAUCGACCAGAGUGCGGGGCAUGAAGUCACGGCCAAGAUGGUUGACGAGGCCGUCCGUUUCAUCAGUGAGACGCUAGCCAGCGUAGACAACCAAGGGCGAAGGGGAUCAGUGCGGGAAUCCAAGAUCUGA